AUAUUAUUCACCACCCAAAAACCCUAAUCUGGAUUCGCUCUCUCUCUCAGCUCUCAAGCUCAUAGCUUUUGUUUCUUCCUCGAAUUAUCUCUGUACCAAAUUCCGACCUCAAAUCGCCACGAUGGGUUCGAAAUCGCACAGCGGUCAUCCCCACUCCGGCGACGGCGCUAGCCCUGGAAAGAUCUUCAUUGGUGGAUUGGCAAAAGACACCACAUAUGCUACAUUUACUAAGCAUUUUGGGAAAUAUGGAGAAAUAGUGGACUCUGUGAUAAUGAAAGAUCGGUUCACCGGAACUCCAAGGGGCUUUGGGUUUAUUACCUAUGCUGAUCCUUCCGUUGUUGACAAAGUUAUUGAGGACACUCAUGUGAUCAAUGGAAAGCAGGUUGAGAUCAAGAGGACCAUUCCUAAAGGCCAAGGGCAAUCAAAGGACUUUAGGACAAAGAAGAUAUUUGUUGGUGGAAUUCCAUCUGCAGUUCCCGAGGAAGAGUUGAAAAAUUUCUUCUCAAAGUAUGGAGAGGUUGUGGAACACCAGAUCAUACGGGAUCAUGAAACCAACCGUUCUCGAGGCUUUGGAUUUGUAAUUUUUGACAGUGAGGAAGUUGUAGAUGAAUUGUUAUCUAAAGGAAACAUGAUAGAUAUGGAGGGUACCCAGGUGGAGAUCAAGAAAGCUGAACCAAAGAAAUCCUCAAAUCCCCCACCUGCUUCUGCAUAUGGUAGCAAUUCUAGGGCUCGUUCUUUCAAUGAUGGCUAUGGUCCAUAUGGCAGUUCUUAUGGUGGUUUUGAUGGAGGAUUUGGCCCUGGCCCCUAUAGGACACCAGGUGGUCUUGGUGGCGGUAGAUAUGCUGGUGGUUAUGGAUAUGGUUAUGGUAGCGAUAGUGGUGAAUUUGGCACUGGGUAUGGAAGUUUUGGCAGCAGUAGCUUAGGUGGCUAUAGGGGUGAAUCUUCCCUUGGUUACACUAGUCGCCUGGGCCCCUAUGGUGGUGGUUUUGGUGGUGGUUAUGGUGCAAGUGGUUUAGGUGGCUAUGGUCGAGGUGGUGGUGAAGGCUAUGGAAGUGGAAGUUAUGGAAGUUCAAAUUAUGGUGGUGGAUAUGAAUCUGGCACUGGUGGUACUUAUGGUGGAGCAGGUGGAGCGUAUGGAAGGGGGGGCUAUAGUAGCAGUAGUCGGUACCAUCCAUAUUCAAGAUAGAAAUAGAGGGAGGUAGUCAGUAUCAUCCCUAUCCAAGAUAGUAAGAAGGCCUUUCAAUGCUGUUGCUUAAGCCUUGCCAUAGAAGUUUGACACAGGUUGCGUUAGAUUUCUGUCUCGCACUCGGUUAGGCACUUUCUUGCAGCUACUAGAGAUUUUCUGUGAUUGCGACCGGGAGCUUUUGGUGGUCACAAGAGUUCUAAUACACACAUUCUCUAUUUUUAUGGUUUAGAACAACUUUGUAGAUUGAAGGACAUGGUGUCUGCUAUGGACAUCUUGUAGUUUUAUUUGAACUUAGUAUCUUGUAGACUAUAGUAUCGUAUUAUGGUGUUGAUUGCAAUC